AAAACAUUCUAACCCGUUCUAUAAGAUUUUGAAAUAUUUAUAAUAAUUUGUAAAAUUGUAAAUGGGUCGAUGUAUAAAUACGAAACAACAUCAAUCGUGGCUUUACGUUUUGUGUCCUAUGGCAACAGAUAGAAGCAAGUGCCCGUGAACAAAUAUAACAAUAUAAUCUCUCCAUCCACAGUAGGAACAUAUGACUGUUGGUAUUCAGUAACAGAGAAAAAAUGAGUAAGCCUGGAAAAAACGCUCCAAAGCGUGGGAGAAAGGAUAAUGAUAGUGAUGCAGGAACCGACGACCCAGGAACUGUUGGUACAUUUGAAACCCUUCGUGACGAAGGAGAGCAUUUCGUCCAUGUCAAACAAUACGAAAAAGCUAUAGAAAGCUUCACAAAGGUUAUCUCUUUCAUUUUUUUGUGUUCACAUUCUUACUGAUUAAAUAAGUUUUGCUAUCUUAAUACUGCACAGACGAAAGUUAUUUAAACGAAAAUAUAUAGAAUUAGAUUAGACUUAGAGGAAACUCUGAAAUAAAAUCUGUAAAUUUACUGCCUCUGUAGUUGUAGACAAAGUAUAAGUAAUAAGUAAAGUCACCAAGUGUAACAAAGUCUGGCCUAAAUGAAUAGAACCCGGGCCAUGUUACUUGUUGAACAUUUAUAAUUUAUGGGGAAUGUUUUAACCGGCCCAGGUCUCGGGUAUAAAGAAAGGCAAAAGAUUAAAUUGAAAAAAAACGUAUUAAUUUUUCAUUUUUUUAAAAAGUAGUAAUAUUGACUAAUAGUGUAAUAUUAAUAGCCUAUAGACUAUAGAAAAUAUAAAUGCAUAAGCUAUAUUCAUACAGUUUCAAAAAUCUUGGAAAAAAAAUUGGAAAAACCAUAAUUGAGAAUUGACAAAAUUAAUGUCAUAGAAUUGAUUACAGGUAUUUAAGGAUAUUCCAGUAAUUUAUAGAUUUUCCAGGCCAUUAAUUAUUUGCCCAACUAAAAAGUUGCUGUUAUGUCUGUUUCACAGUUCAUCAGCAUAAAUGUUUCUUUUUUUUCCAGAUAAAUUUGAUCUCUUUUGAUAAAUUUGAUCUCUUUUAUAAAUUUUGUUAUUUAUUUCUCCCAAACUAUAAUCAAGUGUCUUCUUUAACUUUAAGAGCUAUUCAAAUUGGCGAGAAAAAAUUUUUAAAAAUAUUUUUUUGUAGCUGAUAGUGACUGUCAUGUGAGCCCAAAAAGAUGUGACCCAUGCUCCAUGUCAGUCCACCCCUGAGUAUAAGAUACCCUUUGAAAUACCAUUUAUUUUUAUACAGGCUCUUGAAAUGAAGGGAGGAGAUAAAACAUGUUUAGUUGUACGGGCUAAAUGUUAUCUUAUGCUUGGAAAUGCAGAAAAGGCUUUAGCAGAUGCAGAGUCAGCUUUAGAACAAAAUGAGGAUGGAAAAAAGGAAAUCAGGGUAUACAUUUUAAAGCAUUUGUUAAAUAUCUAUAAAUAUUAAAAUCCAUUUUAUGAUAGAAAUAUACAACUACUAGAAUUUGUUUAAAUUUUUUAUCUGCAAUUACUUUAUUUUUUUUUAAAUGUUCACUAUAUGAUAUAAGAUAUAACUUAAAAACUAUAAAAAUUCUUCCUUUUCCUUGUUCCUUAUUAUAAAAUACUAUACUAUUAUGUUAUACAAGUAUUCAAAUAUAGAAACUAAUUAGAAAUAAGGGUUUGCAUAUAAAGCCAAUAAAUGAUUACCGUAUUUAUUGGCGUAUAAAACGCCCCCGCAUAUAACACGCACCUCAAUUUAAGAAGGAAAUUUCAGGAAAAAAAACUAAACAUUAUAUCGGCGUAUAACACACACACAUGAUUUGCCCCCUAUUUUCGGGGAGCAAUAAAAACGGUACUUUAAUAUGUCCACUUGCUUUUUAGGCAUUAAACAUGAAAGCUGAAGCAUUAUAUCAGAAGGGAGAUUUUGAAAGUGCUCUAGUCUUUUACCAUAGAGGGAAUAAGUUGAGACCAGAAUUACAAGAGUUUCGUCUGGGCAUUCAAAAGUGUGAGGAAGCUAUAGACAACAGUAUUGGAAGUAUGUAUAUAUACUCAUGAAAUUUUGAGCUUAUUUUAUUUAAUGAAUUGUACACACAAAGUUAUUAUAGAAUUAUAUUGAGAAUAUAGGGAUUAUUUAUACAUGACCACAGUAAUGUUCCCUUUAAGCUGUGCAGCCGCGCAGCAAUCUCACAGACCGCGCAGCAGUUUUGAGUACCUCGCAGCUAAUUUCCACUUAAGUGUGUUUUUGUGUCUGUAGGCUGAAAAUUUUGCGCACAAAAAAAUGGAUGCUGUAAAAAUUUGCACACAACUUUAUGAUUUUGCACACAAACCAACAAACCUUAGAGGGAACAUUGGACCACAGUAGCUCAUUAGAGAUGUGUGAGGGAUUUGGACUGCACCAGGUGAAACCCUCACAGGGGGUGAAAUGGAAAAUUUCAAAUUUGAAAGAAUUUUCCUAGAAGAAUUCAUGACAGAUCAAAGUUAAAUAAAAGAAAAGGGUGUCACCAGAUCAAAUUUUCACCAAAGUCUAUUAGCAAUUUUGGAGGGGGGUGACACCAUGAAUUUACCCCACUGGGUGACACCAACCCUAAUGAUAUCACUGCAUGACAUGUACUGUAAAUAAAUUGGAAGGCCUUAGGUAUAUUAGAAGAUAUAUUUGUAGUGAUUUAAAUAUCUUUGUGCUUCUUAUUUAAUCAGGUCCUGGAGCUGUCCAUUUAGAAGCCUCAGGAGAUUUAUCCUAUUUUUACAAGCAAAAUGAGGUAAGUUUGACCAUAAUCAUAGAUUUCCUGCAUGUUCUAAAAUGUUUUUCAUAAUUUUAUUUACAUAUACUACAUGUCCAUUUUUAAAAACUUAGCCAAGUUAAUGCAUCCAUACCGUCAGUUUUCAGUUUAUCUGUAAUGCAAAAGUUUGUCUAAGCAUCUAAAUUCAUUUUUAUUUAUUCAUUUUCAAUCGUAACUGAAUAUUAUAUAUCUAAUCUGAUGGACAUUUGAAAUAAUUUUUUUAUGUACAAGAAAUUUUAUUUUGUAACUUGCUACAAGAAAUCAGUCAAUAGAAUUUAAGAAUAGUCAGGAUAAAUUAUUUUUUUAAAACACAAUAAAUUUCUUAUAGAGCAAGAUGUGUAUGAAUACAUUAAAUAUUGUAAGCCAAUUUGUAGAUUUACUUUUUAUUCUUAUUUUAUAAAAUUUGCUGUAAUGGCAUUUAUAUGUACUUUCAUUUUUUUAGUGAGUUCUUUCAUAUUUUCUAUUAAUUUAUAUUUAAGCAUUUAAUGUCAAAUCUGAAAUUAGAUGACAAUAUUAUAUACAAAAUUCUGUGUCUUGUCAGGUGCAUAAAAAUAAAAUUCUACUUGACCUUUUUCAUUUAAAUUUUUUUUUCUGCACUUAAUUUUGUUCUUUAGCAAUGAAAUUUUUUUUUUAAUUGUUUAACAAAAUGCACUUCAGCCUAUAAUCUUAUAAUCUCCUGUCAUAGCAUCCAAUAAUUUCAUGCCAUCUGGAUUAUAAGCCCUCCUAAAUUAUAUUAGGUUUUCUCUUUAUCUUCAAGCUGAGCUAGAUUAUUCACAGUGUUUCAAGGCAAACUGAAUAAGCAUUGACAAUUUGUUUCACUCCACUGCUGAUUGGGAAUGCCUCAAAGAUUGUGCCAUUGAAAGUUAUUGUGCAUGAUUUUGUGAAAUGACUGUAUGAUUGUUAGUAGGCGAGGGGGAUACAUUUUUAUGCAAGAUACUGAACAGACCACUCCAUCUUGCUAAGUUGAAAUCCUUGGUCAGAUCUAUGAAAGCAAUGUUGAGAGGUCUAUGCUUAUGCUGUUCACAACAUCUUUCAGCAAGUUGCAUAACAAAAAUAUGUCUAUAGUUGAACAGCCACAUUGGAAACCACAAUGUGAUGUUGGCAAGUUUCUGUAAUUGUUUAAGGGUGUCAUGGGCAAAAGUCGUUUCCACUAAGCCUGAGAAGAUAAAGUUUUCAGUAUUAUUACGAUUGUUGCAGUCGCCUUUAUUAACCCAAUGCCGAACUUAUUGUUUGGGGUCAUGAUAACUUGACAUGGUUUGAACUUCAGUGUGGGAUUUUUGAAAUGUAUGGACUUACAUACCCUUUGCAUUCCCGUUUUCAGAACCCAUUUAUAUACAAUUGCAAAGAUCCAACAAUUAAGUGUUGUACAGUUGCAGGCAGUCUGCUUGGAUUUUCUUUUUGAAGACCUGAGAGCCUGCAGUGUACGAGCCUAAAUACAUGUAGGCAAGUAGGGCUUUUAAUAUUUCUUAGUCACGGCGUCUAUCUUAUUCCAAUGCAUCUCAUACCAAUAAUUAUUUGUAUGCUCCCUUUUCCCAUGGACAAGGAUGGCUGAUUGUACAAAAUAUUUUGUAAAUGAGUUCACAUUGAGUCUUAAGCAUCAACAGGUGACCCCUUUGCAAGGGCAUCCUGUAACUCACUCGUAAACGACUGCGUUUUUUUCUGAGAUGAUUGAGCAGUGGAUGUUAUUGCGUGGACCACACCACUUUUGAGCAUGAUGCAAUUUAUUUGGCAUCAAUCAUAAUUUGCUUGCCACGAGAGAAUGGUCCAUGACACAGUCAGCACUAUGGAAGCUGCUAGUGUGAAGUAAACUUGCCAGCUCCCAAUUUCUAGUGAUGAGGAGGUCUAGCUGAUGCCAGUGAUGGCAACAUGGAUUUAUUUUUUUGCACUUGAAGAAGGUGUUGGUAACACAGAGACCAUGGGAGCAGCACAACUCCAGUUGUCAGUUAUCAUUAAUCCUUCCUAAUCUUGAUAACCAAGACAUCUAGCUCAGGUUUCCUGUUCAGCUUCCACACUAGCAUUAAAGUCUACCAGAAUCUAUAAUGCUACAGUGUUUGGAACACAGUAAAAUUCUUGAUCUAGGGCCUUAUAGAACAUAUCUUUCUCCGCUGGAUUCAAAUGGAGAGGUGGAACCUACACAAUGAAUAUGAUAGCCUUUCCUGCAGCAGAUGACAUCUGCAGGUGCAGAAUCCUCUCUGAUCCCAAUGAUGGAGGCUCAAUACAAGCCAUGAGUGUGUUUUUUAUAGCAAAUCUAACACCAUGCUGACUGGGUUCAUCUGUGGGUUUCCCCUGCCAGUUAAAUGUGUAGUCUUCCUUGAUGGUACCACUAUCUGCUUGUGGGGUCUCUUGGAGGCAAGCAAUGUCAAUUUUGAGUCUGGUGAUAUCUUUGUCAAUAACAGCAGUCUUUCUCAUGUCGUCAAUCUGUUUUAGGUCCAUGAAAAAUCCAGGACACAUGGUUCUUACAUUCUAUGUUGCAAAGCAAAGUGGUGGAGUCUUCCUUUUAUUUACUAUCCUUAUCUUACAAAAAAGCAGCUGUUCUGCUGAAUUGUUCUUAUAUUAUUUAUAUUUGCAAUGCUCUGGUGCAUUUGUAUCAUUACAGACAUCUAGCUAAAGGAUUACAGAACCCUGACUUCUUGCUUGAUCCUAAAUUUCAAAUUGAAUCAGUGUAUUUAGUUUGUUUUAAUGAUUGGCAUAAAAUAAUAUUUUGAAAAUAUAUCAAUGGUAUAGUUUUAUAUUCUAAAAUCACUUAAUUUUAAAAAGCCAAAUUUAAGAAUUGACUUUCAAAUAGAGUAGUAAAAGUUUUGAGUCAAUCAGUACCUAAAUUGGGAAUCAUUGUCUUAAAGCUUUUUCCAAAUCUUUCUUUUUCUUUUUAAGGUUUUGACAAUAAUUUAUAAUAAUAGAUCUCAGCCCAGUAUCUUGGUCAUUAACUUUGCCACUCAUUAUUCACAAAAAAUACAGAAUACAAAUCAAACAUAAUCCAUACAUAGUAUUUGAAAUGGACCAAAAAUGCCCCACCCCCUAAUAAAAGUUCAGCACAGGAACCCCCUUCCCCCUUUUCCCUCAUCAGUACUAUGCCUAGGUUUAACAAUUUAUGCUUGAAAAAAUUAAGCACACAGAAAAAUUAUAUUGUAUUGUUUUAUUCUUUGUGCUUUCUAAAACUUUUAAAACAAAAAUGUUUUCAGAAUUCACAAAAUAAGGUAAAGUAGAUAUUUUAUAAAUCUUCCAAAAAUGAGUUAAAUUAGUCUACCCUGUUGAUCUGACUUUCAGUGCCAUGAUUUUUUUUUUAUUAAAGUUAUAAAGAAUUUUAAAUUCUGGUUUUAUUCAACUAAUACAAUUUUGAUUUGGUUGAUUGUGUAUGUAUUUGAUAAAAAAAAAUAUUUUGGAAGCUUUUUUCUAAAAAACAAAAAGUUCCUUUUAUUUCUCUUAUGAAUACAUUUUCUGAUACAGUACUAAGUUGAAAUUUUAUAUUAAAAACCUUGUCAUGAAAUAAGUUUUUAAAUUCUUACCAAUAAGCUCCAUAUUAUUUUGCUAAAUUUGUAUUAUUAUUAUAAUUUCUCUUAAAAUUUGGAAUUUUUUAAAAAGUGCAUUGCUUUUAAAUAGUUGUUUGGUUUUUUUUGGGAAGAUUUUUUAAUUUUGGAUAAAACAGCAUUAAAUUUUGUCACUGCCUCAAAAGUAACUUGUUUAUUGGCUACAAGUAUUUAAGUUAACAUCGAAAUAAUAUACUUAACAUGCAUCCCUUUGUUUCUAACUAACUUUAACAAAUCUGAAAUGCUAUAUCACAACCUAAACAAAAUUUAUUAAAUAAAGUUAUAAAAUCUUCUUUGUUCUCCAAGAAGUUCUAAUUUAAAACAUAUUAAAUAUAUAAAACUUUGAAUUUGUUCUUCAUCUGCAGCUUUCUUAACAGAUUGAUUGUCUUGAAGUUCAUUUAGUGGCAACAUCUAAUAAGUUUUCCAAUGACCCCUAUCAUCAGUUUAGUUAUAUUGUAUUUGAAACCUGAAAGAAAUUUUAAAAAAUAUUAGAAAGUGUAUGUAGAAGAAUUUAAAUGAUUGAAUUGAACCUAUUGUCCAAUUUUCUUUAAUUAAUUUAGUAGGUAGCCUACCUUAGCUUCCUCUACCCCUUAAAUAGUUGAUACCUUAUGUGAGGAUAACAUUUAAGGCUCAUUGUAAAGUUGUGUGUCAGAUCAAUAAUUUGUCUAUUCUGUAUAUUAUAUCAAAUGAAAUAAUUUUGUGUGUGGUAAAGGGCUAAGUGUAACAUACUGUAUUGAAUACUUAACACCUGGAAGAUCAACUAAAAUUUUACAAAUAUAAAAUCUGGCUAAAUUUAAAUAUUCAGAUAGAUUUCAAUGAGGCUAAUUAUGUUUUUCAGUGUAUGACCACAAAAUGUAUUAUUAAAAACAGAACAAUAUGUGUAGCCUAAUUAUUUAAAGUUACACUGUUGAUUUAUUGAAAUUCUCAAAACAGAUUUUAAACAUGUAGCCUAAUUAAUUAUUAAAAUAAAAAAUUUUAAAAAAAAUGUUCUUAAGCAGAAGAUCUUAGCAAUAUAAAAUGCUAGCCUACAAUACUUUGGAAACAUGAUUUAACACUUUGAAACUCAGAAUUAUAUCCAAUAAACAUCAUGUUAUGAUCUAUGCACAAAAAGAUAAGUGUUUGUAAUCCCAUGUGAGGUGGUAAAUCAGUGUACCCUGAAACAAUACCAUUUUGUAAACAAUGAAAUUUGAUUGAACCUUUUGAAUUUUGCAUAUAUUAUAAAUGCACCAUAUUUGACUAUGAAUUGUCUGAUAGUAUAAUGUAUUGAAAUAUAUUAUUAUUGUUGUUUUUACACCUACAGAAAAAGCAGCAGAAAGGAUACACAAAGAUUAAUCAGCAACCUAAAAAAGAGGAAAAGAAGGAGAGACAACGGCCCCAAGAAAAUAGUAAUUCCAAAACAACAAAAGAAUUACUUGGACAACUUUAUCAAGAUAAAGAAUAUUUGGAAAAACUUUUUGAUAGUAAGAUUGAUUGAUCAAUUCUAAAAAUAAAACAGAAUUCAUUUUUAUUUAUACUUUCACACUAUCCAAUUCAAAUUACUGUAAAAACUUUAAUUAUAUUUCAAAAUUGUAUAAUUAAAACUAAAAGUCUUUUAAGAAAUUUUUUUUUCUAUUUAUUAAAAACAUGGUCUUAAUUACCAGGUUUAUCUAACAAUAACAGUCGGACAGAAGAAUUCAUUAAGGGACGUGCCUGUGAUGGAUUGGAAUAUCUUAAUAGUAGGUCAGAUUUCUGGCGACAGCAAAAGCCUAUGUAUGCACGAAAGCGAGAUCAACAGUCAAGGUCAGCUAAGGGAUCCGCAGGUCCUAGAGGGGUUGAUCCCAUGAAAUAUGUUCUUCAAAAAUUAGAAGAAAUUGAUGAAGGUAGUACCAAUUUAUGAUUAGCUUUAGAUAUAUGGCUAUUAGUAACUAUACUGAACUUUGAUGAGUUAUUUAAUAAUUGUUAACCAUUUAGAAAGAAGAAUUAAUGUAGUAUUUAAAAGGUUCAUAAUCCUUAAUUUGGCUUUUGCAUAAAUAUAUCAAAAAUUGCCAAAAAUACUAACAAAAUCCAAUUUAUGCUUUCCCAGCUCAGUCACAAGGAAGAUACCAAGAAAGUUUGGAUAAGUGCAAACACACAUUGAAGAGAGUUGAUAAUAUGCCUGAAGGCUCUCUCAAGAAUAAACCAGAUGUUAUAGCUAAUUUGUACAGUUCCAUGGGAAAUGCCUAUUUAGAAAUGGGCAAAUAUUCACAAGCUCUUGAAUAUCACAACAAGGAUUUGAAUAUUGCCAAAGACAAGUGAGUAACCCUUUCAUGGCAUCAUCACUUCUAACUUAAACUUGACAAAUUAUAUAUGUCAAGAAGUGGAAACAGAAAGCACAGACAAUUUUAAAAAAAAUCCAAACUUGAUAAACUAUUUCUCCUUUAGAGGUGCAAAGUUUGCAUAUUAUGUCCAUGUGCUUUUAGUUUUAACUAUGAAAUUCUCAUGCGUACGAUCCAUAACGUCUUUAAGAUAAAAAAAUGUAAUAGUAACUGCACUGAAAGAAUUAGCAGAGAGAAAGCAGCCAGUGUCAUUCUGGUAUGCAAGGCAUCCAGGCACAUGACAUGAUGUGCUUUACUUCUAUCAUCCCUAGAUGUAAUAGUUCAUUGCAACUUUAAAUAAAAUAAUAUAUAAUCUAUUAGUAUUGAUAAAUAAUCUUUUUGGUAUUCUAAACCUAGAAAUGUAACAAUAAUACUUGAUGGGCUUCAUAGUGUUCAAAGUAGGGAUUGGGAUUGAAGCCUCUUUUGUAAGUUAAUGUUCAGUUUGGUAACAACUUAAGUUCAAGUUUGUUUCAGUUCUGUAACAACUAAAACUCAGGUUUUGUUUAGGAACAAUAUGAAAUUUGUCGCAUUUGGUAAUUAUUGCAAUUUGAAAUUAGUUUGCUUUUAAUUUAAAUAAAAUAAAAGAUAUAUUACAUUUUUUUUUAAAAUAUGCAUUUAAAACAGAACUAUAGAAUUGCACUAAAAAGUUGGAGAAUACAUUAUCUUUGGCUAUCAUAGUAUACUGGGAUUGUAGGAGUUGGUAGCUAACAUUAAAAAAAAAAUUGGGAAACAUAUGUAACAUUGCAGGCCAUGCUGUUACAAAACUAAGCAUUCACCACCCAAAACUGUUGUGGAAUUCAACCUAUGGGUUAGGUUAUCACAACAUGGCAUGAACGGCUUCUCCCCCACUGCUUAAAAUGCUUAGAGAUAGAAAACCACUAUGUGUGCUUUUUGUAUAAGUUCAAUCAUUUAUUUCUCGGGAACCCUAGAGCAUUAUACUAUAAAUUAUAUCUUGUGGGAAAGUGGAUUUUAUUCUCUAUACCUUAGUAUAUUUGCAAGUCUACUUUGUAAUAUUAAGUAAUUAAGGGAGUUUUCACACUCAUUCAUGGGGUGGGGUCCCAAACCAUUCUAUUUAAAAUAUCUCCAAAACCAUUACACUUACAUAAAUAUAGAAGUGUAUCUUAGAUAGCUGAGAUUAAAUGUGAAAAGACACAUAUAAGUUUUUGGUUUGGGGUUUUGACUUUUAUUCAGGUUGGAGCCUCUAGGAACUGUCAAUUUACCAUAGAAAAUGUACCAGAAGUCAAAUAAUAGACUUGUCAUUGGAUGUGUCAUGUAGUUGCUCCCUGGUAGGCUCACGCGACCCUAUUAAUAGUGAGCAUGCGAAUGUGCUUUGGCAGUCAAAGUUUUAAUUGCAUCCCUAGUGUGUGCCAUUGUUCAUUGGCUCAUUUGGAUGCUUUGUAUUGGCCUUUUUCUUACACUUUUUCUCAGGGUUUUUCUUUGUCUCAUAUUUAUUGGAACAUUUUCUUCUACCACCCCUUUUAAUAAAACACUCUAAGAACCAAAGAAAGGCUACAGUCCUCAAUACCUGCAUUUCCUUGAGUUUAAAAACCCAUACAUAGGUACAUUUAAAACUGUCAAAUGUCUCAUCUUCACAUCAUUAGUCUACACAUAAAUUUGUGUUGGGUUUAAUUUUAAUGCUUUAUGUUUAUUUAAAAGAAGAGUAUAUAAGAUUAUUUCAAAAUUCUAAUAUUGCUGACACUGGAUGAAAAAGAGUUAGCUACAAUCUGUUUUUUAAUUUGUCAACCAUUAAUACAAGCUAAGCUUUUCGUGAAAGGGUGUUGGCAUGGAAGAGAUGGGUAGGGGAUGAUAAAUAAAAAGAUGAUUUUGAUUUACAUAAAAUCAUCUUUUCGUUUUUCUAUUUUUAAAUAAAAUAUGAGCAUUUCUGGCGUAAGUAGUGUUGUGCAACAUUCGCAAACCAUUGUCGGUCAUAAUAAGUUUGCAAAAGGUUCAUUUGGGUUGGUUUGUACUCAGUAAAAUUGAAGUUUGGGUUUGAUGCAAGUUUUUUCAUCAGCUGGGUUUUGGUUUGGUUCAUGUUCUAACUUCAACAGAGUUUAGGUUGGAUUUGAUUCAGUCAUCAGCAGGAUUUUAGUUCAGUGUGUUUUAGUUCAGAUUCAGCAAGAUUCCCAUCUCUGUGUUAAAGCCCAGUUGUAGCUUUUUAGUUUUGCUGCUAUGCAUGACAUGUUUAGUUGUAAGGUAGAAAGAGGCUCAAGUAUUAUUAAUAAUUUUUUUGUAAUUUAAACAAGCCGCAUCUGUUAGUUUGAACAUUUGUUUAUCUGAGUAACAAGCCACCAAAUUAAAUUUUUAUAAGUUACUGACACAUUCCAAAGCCAAAAAAAAAUUUAAUUUGCUUUAAAACUUUGAAGACCCUACAUUCACCUACACUGUAUCAUGUUACAUUUAAUUUUGUUUGUUAGGUACAAACGUUUACAAAUUUAAUAAUAAUAAUAAUAAUAAUAAAGUUCAUUUCAAAAACACGAUUCAUCCCCAAAGGCUCGAAGCGCGGUACAAAGUCAACAAAAAACAUAUCUAUAAUUAACCACAUUUAAAACAAACGCAACACUACAAAAACUAAUUACAAGCAUACAAUCUCAAAGUCUUUCUAGCCAUUUCAACCCGAGCAACACAGCCAUUAUGCAUUAACUGGAAAAUAAGGUAGACAAUCAUCCCAGAAGGUAUUUGCGAAAUAGAUGUGUCUUUAGAUCGGUUUUUAAGGACUCCAGUGUCUGGUUGUUUUUGAGAUCGACAGGAAGGGCGUUCCAAAUUGUUGGACCAGCAAAUGCGAAAGUGCACUUUCCGUAAGUCUCAAGGCAAACACGUGGUGUCGAGAGUUUGCCACUAUCGGAUGAGCGGAGCUCUCUAGUGGGUACAUAAGGCGUCAGCAGCUCUUUCAGAUAGGACGGCGCCAGGUCAUGUAAGCAGCGGUAGCACAAAGUUGCGAUUUUGUACUCCAUGCGAGCACGCACUGGCAGCCAGUGCAGCUCUCUCAGAAGUGUUUUUGCAUGGUCAAACUUGCGUUUGCGGAGAACAAUGCGAGCCGCAUUAUUCUGUGCUAUUUGAAUUUUAUCCAGGAGCGUAGCUGGAAGACCCACCAUGAGAGCAUUGCAAUAGUCCAUGCGUGAUAGCACAAAUGCAGACAUCAGCCUCUUUGUUGUAUCAAUUGUUAGGAAGGGCCUGAUGUGACUAAUCCUGCGCAGCUCCAGAAAAAUCGCCCUGCAUAGCAUGUUAAUAUGACUUUCAAAAGUUAGUCUUCUAUCUAGGUAGACACCCAGGUACCGCACUGUUUGAGCUAACUCAAUACGUACACCUGAGAGAGUAAUGGAUGUCGUGUUAUUUGCAGAUUUCUGCUUCUGAGCGGUCGCAAUGGGGAGCAGCUCAGUCUUAUCAUCAUUUAAUUUGAGCUUGUUAAUGGUCAUCCAGUGCUUAACCGACUCCAUUGUCUUCUGUGUCAUACUGAGCAGCUGAGGGAACUGAGAAGUGAUCACGGAUUGAUGAAGUUGUGUAUCGUCCGCGAACAUGUGAUACAACAUGUCAAACUGCCUGAUCUCUGCACCCAGGGGCUGAAUGUACAUCGUGAAAAGCAUCGGGCCUAGGACCGAGCCCUGUGGUACUCCGAAUUCGAGAUUAGAUUUCUUCGAGGUCAAGCCGUUUGAAAUAACUGACUGGACCCGAUUAUUCAGAUACGAUCGGAACCAACACAGGACGGUAUCAGUGAGACCGAACGUUUGUUGCAGACGCUGGAGCAGUAUGCCGUGGUCGAGCGUAUCGAAAGCUGCCGAUAAAUCAAGUAAAGACAAAAUCGAUACCCGGCCCUCAUCACAAGACGACAGAAGGUCGUUUACGACGCGCAACAGGGCUGUCUCAGUAGAGUGAUGCGCCCUGAAAAUAAUUCUAACAAGUAAUUGUUUUAUUUUUUUCUUUUACAGUGAUCUUGAAGAAGCUGAAUCGAGAGCACUUGAUAAUUUAGGCAGAACACAUGCGAAAAUGGGAGAGUUUUCAGAAGCUAUAGAAAUGUUUGUUGUUCUUUUUUUUUCUCCAUAUUUUUUAAACCUAUCAUCUUGUCUAUAUAACUACACUGUAAAUACCUUAUCUAUUAUAUUAUUUAAAUAAUUAAAAUAGCCUUUUAGCUCAUUAGUUUUAGUUACUCUUUGAAUACUUAGUAGCACCUAUAAUGCAGCUUAUAGUGGAACCCUAGUUACUUAGGGCACCCAUUCAUUUGAGGAAAAUUAACAAAUGAUUUAAAAUACAUGAGUUUAUAUUGCAUAACUGGGACACUAUGCUGACUGAUUUUCAAUCAUAUUUGUAUUUGACUUAACUAUACCUAAGUGCUCAGCUCCUAAUAAACUGAACACUCUGUAUUUGUAAUAUAUACAUAAUAUUACUAGGUCCCUCUUUUUAUGUGCUUUAAGUGCCCAUGAAUUAUAAGCAUUUCCUUACCUUGGAUUAAUUUUAUUUGUUCCCAAUACUUCAUAUACUCUCUUUUAUUUCACCAAGAAUUUUAACUUUCAUCCUUUACUGAAUCUCAAGAUGGCAAAAGAAAGUACCUAAAAGUAAAUCUCCCUUGGAGAGCACUUGGCUGUAUCAUGAAAUUGGUCGCUGUCACCUAGAGAUGGGAGAAUACCAGGAAGCUAAGGAAUAUGGAGAGAAGUCUUUAGUCGCUGCCAAGGAAGCUGAUGAUUCAGGGUGGAAGCUUCAUUCUUUUGUGCUUGUUGCUCAAUCAGAAGGUAGAUAUAAUAAAUAAUAUUACCUUUCAAAUGCACAGUGUUUGCUUCUAUUGCUUACCCUUGGUAAUCUUUUUCGGGCUUGUAAAAUUAUAUUCACCCCAAAGCAUAUUUUUAUUUUUAAAUUGGCGCUUUAUUUCAUUUCAAAGCAUUACUAAAAAAGUCAGGAAAUAAAUAGAUAAAUAUAAUGUUAAAAUCGUAACAAUUAAAUCAUAAUAAGAAAAUAUUAUGUGACCAUUUCAGUCAAAUGCGGAGAAUAUGAGGCAGCCUCAGACUCAUUUACACAAGCACUAGAACUGGCAGAAGAUCAAAAUGACAAAGCUGCACAGAAUGCUAUUAAAAAAGCCCUUGAAGAAGUAAGUUUAUAAGAUGAUUUUCAUAUUCCUGUAUAUUCGUCCAUGUUUUAUGAGAUAUAGCAGACUAUUCCUUACAGCUUACUUACAAAGUUAAACAGGUUCCAUUUUGAAACUAUACCCAGAACGAUCACAACCGGGGGUCCAGAAUUUUGAUUUGUUUUUUUCUUAUAAUACUUAUAUGAUUUAUAUAAAUAAAAUUAACAACAAAUACUGCUACAUGAAUAUCUGUAUCUGGACCAAACUUAAUUUACAUACAUUUGAUUAUCCAUAUUCAAAUACCGAAGGGUACUUAACACAUAAUAUCCAUCCCUCUGGGGCCGGGGCCCCUUUUCAUUUUUCCUUAUAUAAGCUUAAUAAAUAGCAAUAUGCUUAGUACUCCUACAUGAAUAGAUGGAUCUUCACCAAACUUAGUACACUUACUCUUGAUUAUCCAUAUUCAAAUACAGAAGGGUACAGAACUCAUAAUAUUCAUACCUCUGGGGCCAGGGGCCCAUUUUAUUUUUUAUUUUAUGAUCUAUAUUCUCCAACUUCCCAUGUAGAUAGAAGUCUGAAAUUUGACAGACAUAUUCCUUACAGCCUACUUAGAACGGUCACAUCUGGGGGCCCCGAUUUCGUUUUUUUUCUUAUAUGAGCUAUAUAAAUAAAAUUAACAACAAAUACUGCUACAUGAAUAGAUGGAUCUUGAGUCUUGACUAAACUUAAUAUACAUACAUUUGAUUAUCUAUAUUUAAAUACCAAAGGGUUCUUAACACAUAAUAUCCAUCUUCUGAAGCCGGGGGCCCCAUUUCCUUUUUUCCUUAUAUAAUCUAUUUAAAUAGCAAUAGGCUUAGUAUUCCUACAAGAAUAGAUGGAUCUUCAACUUAAUACACAUAAUCUUGAUUAUCCAUAUUCAAAUAACGAAGGGUACUGAACUCAUAAUAACCAUAGCUCUGGGGCUGAGGGCCCCAUUUAAUUUUAUCUAAUAUAAGCUUUAUAAAUAUCAAUAGGGUUAGACAACACCAUAGGUUCUAUGUGAUUAGGUGGAUCUAGGCAAUACCCUUCUUGUGUUGUGUUAUGCCUUUUUACCCGUCUGGGGCAUAGGCGUCCACAAGAAUUUUCCACUCAUCAUGGUCCUGUGCUUUCCUUUCCAAUUGCUUCCAGGUGUAUCCCAUAUUUUGUGUGUCUGCCUUUAGCUCACGUCUCCAUGUAUUCUUAGGCCAUCCUCUCUUUCUUUUCCUAGAAAGGAGGGUCUUCAGCUUUGAGGCUUCCAGUAUAGCCUGGGUUUGGCCACAAGGCUUCAUAGCUCUUCUUGGAGAAGAAGAGUCCUCUCUUCUCAGGACUAAAAUUUGUUGGUUUUUUCUUGUUGACGUUUCUAUAGCAAUUUGUUUUUACGGGUGAGGUAGCUGAUCUCAUGCCAACCCUCCUCCUUUUGCACCUGGGCUUGGGACCGGCCUUGGCGGAGUUCAUACCCUUCUAGUCUGUUUUAAAAUAUUGUUCGAUUUAAUAUCCAAUCCAUUCAAGGCCGAUCUAGAAUUUUCUAGAAACUUUGAUAGUUUAAAAAAGCUAUGUCUAUGGCAUUUGUAAACCACUUUCAAUAGGACAAGUUUUAAAUGUAUAAUUUAUCUCAAUGAUUUUUAUAGGCCCUCCCAACGGGGCCCCCAUAUCAAUUUGAAUGUAUUAUAGUUAGUAGCACAAUUUAGUUGUUUAAUAUUUCGUAUUCGAGAAAUAAUUACGUAUAUAUGUAAUUUUUACAUGUUUCAUGAAGGAUAUUAAAUUUAAUCUAGAAUGUUCUAUAUUGUUCUACAGGGAUAUAUAAUUAGAUCUAGAAGAUUAUUCAAAGCAAAAUCGCACUGAGCAUGAUCCCAUAGAGAAACAGGAUCCUAAUGGGACACAUCGGUUACGCGUUUCCAUCAGGGAACAGGAUACCAUCGAGAUCCCAUCGGGUAACGGGCUCAAACCAGGAUCAGGAUCCUACCAGGAAAAGGGAUAACUUUGGAAAAUUUAGUCCCUAGGUGGAACGGGAUCCCACAGUGAACGGUAUCCUAAUGGGAUCGGUAGUUCAUCGGGAUCCACUGAGAUCAGGAUCUCACUGGGAACAAGACACCGACAGGUUCGGAUACCCAACAGGAUCUAGAUUCCCCCUGGAUCCGGAGCCACAAAGAAAUAUGAUUCCACCGGGAACGGGAUAAAACCGGGAAAAAGGAUUGUGUCGGGAUCGGGUUCAGAAUGGGAUUAGGGACUCAUUAGAAUGGGGUAUUACCAGGAUUGGGGCCCCAAGGACAGACCCUACAAAAAGUUGGUAUUGAUUUGAGGCAGGUUUGAUUUUCGCAAGGGAAUGCAUUGUAUAGUAUCUGGAAUAUGCGGAUACUUGAUAAUCUUGUACCUUUUUUUCUUUAAAAAGGCUCUCCGCUGCGAGCAAGGGUAUUUUGCUAGUAUAUAUGUAUAUUUAACUAGGGAAAUAGAAUUAGGACUUUAUAAUUUUUUAAGUAAUAGUAUUUCCACUUUUAUUUUAGGUUAAUGCAAAAAUAGUCAAAAGAGAUCAGGGAGGAGAUGGGGAUGAAGAUGACCAAGAUGACCAACACAGUAGGCCCGCAUCAGGAAACAAAGAUUCAGAUGUUGAGAAAAGAGAUUCUGACAAGGAAGGAAGAAAAUCACCAGCAAGAAGUCCUAGUCCUAAAGGUGAGUUACAUAAAUAAAGGCUAUUAGAACUUAAAAAGCUGUAUUGAAUUCUAGUAAUAAGUAACUUAUUAUCAACAACUAAAGUUCUCAAAUUUUCAAUAAAAUCAACAAAAUAAGGAUACAAAAUUAAAUUUUGGUUAAAUAUUUAAAAAAAAACAACAAUAUUACUUUCAGGAAAAAACAAGAAAAAAGAAACUAAAGGUAAGAGAAAUAUUCAGAUUUAAAAAAUCUAAUUACAGGAUAUAGUUUAGUUUAAAUAUUUCUUUAGACAUCUGCACAGAACAUCCACCAAGUGACUGACUCUUGGUUUUAACACUUUUUAAGAUUUAUUAUUGUUGUUGUUUUUCAUUCAUAUUUCCUCACUCCUCUCCUCAUGCUGACUGAGUCCCAUUGAACAUACCUUGAACAUUCCUAAUUUUAGAUGUACUGUACAAUAAAACUUACUUAACAUAUAAAAGACCGGCCUCGUGGUUUGCAUAGAUAAAGACCUGGAAUUUUUUUUUUUUACUUUAAAAGUUCAUUUAUUUCCUUAUUUUAUAAAGGAAAGCCCAAAAAAUAGUAAGAAUGGUAAGAUAUUCCUGAUGUUUAUUUUCCCCCAACCUCUUGAGUUUUUUGUCCUUUUUUAAAAUUAUUUAUUCAAAAAAGCUCCAAUAGUUACUUUUUGUUUGUGCUAGCAGUUUUAAAUGCAUCCUAAUUUAAAAAUCUAGUGAAUAUAAAUUAUGUAAACUAUUUUCCAUUCUUAUUAUUUUCCUUUAUGCUAACACUCUUUUUUAGGGACAAAGAAAUACUUGUUAUUUCAUCAUUUUAAGGAGAUAUUUAUUCUAAAACCAGUUUUAUGCUGUUAGAUAGCUCGUUUGAGUUGUUGUUUUUUUUCAUCUUUAUACAAGCAAAGGGUUCAUGUUAACAUAUUAAAAACCAAAUUUACAUUUUUGCAAAAUGUUCAAUUAAACAUGCAGAACCAGCCACAGCUAAGGUACAAAAUGAAAAAAUCGCAAACCAUAAGGAACCAGAUAGAGAAAAAUCACCUGAAAUAAGUGAUGAUAAGACAGAUGAUACUGAUAGAGGAGAUGUUAAAGAGGAGAAAACUGAAGACAAAGGUUUUUAUCAUGUGAUGUUGGGUCUGCCUUGUAAUACACUGCAGUGAAUAACUUACUUGCAUUUCAUACAUUUAUUAACAAUAUUUAAUAUUUGGGUUGAUAAUAAAACUUAUUAUUAAAAAUCUAUUUUCUUUCUCUUAAUUUAAAAAAAAUUAACUUGUGUUUUCAAUUUUACAAUUUAAAUUAAAAAAGAUUUAUUAAUGAUAUUUGACAGGAAGAGUACCCACAGAGUGAAGUGAUCAUUGCAUAAUAUGUGUUAUGUACUGUUAAUAUGUGCAAUAAUUAAAACUUCAGAUCCAUAAACAUUUAUAAUGAACUACUUAUUUAUGAAAUUCUGCAACAGGUAUACAAUUGAACUAUUCAUUUUUAUCAAGUCAUGAAAUAUCAAAUUUCUGCUGAAAAAUUACUCUGCUUGAAAUCCCAUACAAGCAAUUUAUUGUCCAUCAGGUUCAAAACAUAUUAACAAAUAACAAUCAUAACUUGACAUGUAUGUUAUUUUUUUUGUUGUUGUUGCUUUUAUUUGAUUUUGCCAGUAAAUUACUUAAUGCAUCUUGACAUAUAUGCUAAUUGUUUGAUGCAUUGUUUUUUAAAUAGUUUUUUAUUUCCUAUCAGAGUUUUAAUCAACAUUUCUGAUACAUUUCUUUGCUCAACAGUCUGCUUAUGUUUUCGUGCUUGAAUAUUCAUAGCAUGAAGUAAAAUUAGUUUAAACCAGUAAUAUUAUUAAUUAUUAAAAUUAGUUUAAACUAGUAAUAUUAUUUAUUAUUAAAAUUAGUUUAAAGCAGUAAUAAUAUUAUUUAUAAAAUUAUUUAAAAAUUAAUUUUUCAGUUUCCUAUUCAGAUUAGCAGGAACAUUUUAUCUUUUUGAAGAUUGCAAUCAUUAAGAUAUUUAAAAAUUUAUAUAUUUUCUUUUUUUUUAAAUUUUAAUUUUUAAUUUUUUUACCAUAUUGAUCUACAAACAUAUGAAAGACUCAUGCUUCCAAAUUUAUAUUUGAUUUAAACAUUUUAAAAAUAUCUUCCUGAUGAGAAAUGACUUUUUUUUUUUUAAUGAUGUUUUAGAAACAGUGUUAUUAUAUACAAAAUUGUGCAAUAUGCCUAACAGUUAAAUCUAAUUAUUUUCAAAAAUGAAUUAUAUUGAUUUUUGUAGAAAUACUUUCUUUAACUUUAAUAUUACUUUUUAAAAUAAUUAGAUUUUUGCCUUUUUUGUGUUUUUUUCAGGGAAAAAUCGCGAACAGGCCGAAGCUGACAAGAAUGAAAGCUAUGCAUGAAGAAUACCUUAAACCUGCUCUAAUAAUUUGGUUGCUUCUUUGAUAUUUGAGCAAAUAGUUUUAUUUAAGAUUCAUGAUUUAAGUUAUUUUAACGAUGACUGAGCUUCUCUCAGACUAUAAUUUAUUAUAUAAAGUUGGUAAGGAACAUUUUAUAAAAUUAAGUUGUCUGUCUUUACACUAAUCUAUGCUAAUUCCACUGAUUAUUGCCUACUUACAUACUUGUCAGCAUUUUUUAAAUGAAUUAAACAUGAGUUGGGACUUUUAAUUGAAAAGAAAUUGAUUAUGUAAUCAUUUUAAGAAGAGCUUUUACAGGAUAUUGAUACUUGUGCACUUUUUUACUAAGUACUACAACCCUCAACAAUAAACUUUAAAAAUAAGAAUUGAAAUUUUAAAUCAAAAGUAUAAAUAAAAAGUUGUUAAAAUAUUUUAUAAUUUAAAUUUUUCUUUAAUUUCGCAGAUAAUGUUUAUUUAUUGUCAUUUAAAUGUAUUAUGCCUACCAGAAUUUUAAACAAAGAUAAAUCUGAUGGAAAGUUGACACUACUAAUGAUUAAUAAAAAAUUUUAACAUAAAAAAUGCUGGAAGCAUUAAAUAUUGUUCAAAAGCUUUAUUUAUUUAAAUAUAUAUGUCUUUGAUCAAAUAUAACAAGCCAACUACAAUUAUGAAUGAAUGUAUAGAGAGAAUCAAAAUGUAGAUUUUCAUUUAAAAAUCAAUUUUCCUAUAGAAAUAUUAUUUAAUUUAAGAAAUUAAGAGAAAAAACUAAAUGCAUUUUAAACAAAAAAUUGAGAAGACUGUUACUCUGAGUUUUAUAAGUGGGCCUACCAUGUGGUAUUUAGGUUAAUUUAAUUUAAAAUAAGAGGUCUUCUAUAAAUAACACCACAUUAUUUUGACUGAAUGUUUAUUUAUAUCUUUGCUUGCAAAAGAGGUUUAUCUAAACAUUUUAAUGUUAUCCUAACAUAAUAAUAAUAUAAAAUUUAUUACACAUAUUACAAAUCAAUAUAAAUAAAAGUAGGGUCUUUGGUUCAAAAUUGUGUCAAUUGAUAUGUCAUAAAUGAUAAUGUUAUAACUUUUUAAAUUCUGAUUUCAGUAGACUGAAAAAUAAGAACAACUCUUUUCAUGGUCUCCCCAAUCCUACACGUUGCAUUAUCCUUUAUGGAUUAGCCUACCCCAAAUCACCUUCCCCCCCCCCCCACAUACACACAUAUCCAAACAUCCUAUUUUAGUUUGUUAUAUAAAUAAUCUGAUGUAGGCUACUUCCUGAUUAACUGCAAUUACUAAAAAUAAAAUGUGUAACAGAUAUUUAAAUAUAAAUAUCAAGGUCAUGAUAUAACAUGAAGCUUUUUCUUAGUUCUAAUUUGAAAACCUUGAUAGUAACAUAUUAAAUUGAUAUUAUUCCUUAAAUAAUUUAAGGACAUGUUUAACUGCAAAAAUUGUGACAAUACUUUCCAUGAAUUGGUUUUUAUGAAACGUCCAUAAGUAGGCCUAAACUAAAAUGUGUUAAAUGUGAUAAGUGGUUGUAAAUUAAAAAAAUUAAAAAUUCAUAAAUAAC